AUGUCUUCCUCGGCGCAGGACCUCAUCCCAACACUUAACAUCGGGAACACGUUCGGGGCGCUUUUUAUUGGCGUUACCAUCGCAGCAGUUCUUUUUGGUUUAAGCAACGUUCAAGCUUUCGUCUACUUUCAGGCACAUAGAGGCACAGGGACAACAUUCUAUAAGCUGGCUGUACGUCUCUACCACCAUCUGAUACUCGAUGCUGUACACCUGGCCUUGAUCGUCCACUGCGUCUAUUAUUAUCUAGUGAGCAACUAUGCAAACGUCAAUGCGCUCACGGAAAUUGUAUGGAGUUUCAAAGUGAGUUCUUACUCUGGUCCUCCAUGCAGCCCCCUACACGAAGUGCUGAUAGUGAGUAGAUAUCAGUGUCAUGUGUUCUCGGAUUUGGUUAAAAUCCAGUGGGCAACAUUCUUGACUUUGGGCACGAUAACUUUCGCCGACGUCGUUGUCGCAUCAUCACUAUGCUACCUCCUGGCUAUCUCGCGUACUGGAUUCUCUAGCACCGAUUCCUUGAUAACAAAGCUCAUGGUUUACAUCAUUAAUACCGGCUGUCUGACGAGCAUAUGUUCAAUGACGGCUGUGAUUACAUGCGCAGUCAUGCCGACCAACUUCAUCUUCCUCGCCAUUGAAUUUUUAUUGGCUAAAUGUAUGGCUAAAACCUUUUCCUAG